UUAGCUGAGAGUAGCAAGAUGGCGCAGUUGCCGUUGACAGGACAGUGGUUAUGGCGCACGGGCAUAGUCAUGGAGGCGGCUGCUCGUGUGGUGCAGAACGGACAGAAGCUCCCGAGAGGGGUUUGGAGUACGGCCUGUUCCGGAGGAUUGACUUGGAUAAACUUGAGUGCUUGAACGAGAAAAGCGAGGGAAGCGGGAAGAGCGUAUUCCGGGCCUGGGAGGACCGUGGAGACCGGAGCAAGUUUGUAGAGAGCGAUGACGAUGCGGAAUUGCUGUUUAACAUCCCGUUCACCGGGAAUGUGAAGUUGAAAGGAGUCAUCCUGAUCGGGGAAGACAGUGCUGCUCACCCAGCAGAGAUGAGAUUGUUUAAGAACAUCCCUCACAUGAGCUUUGAUGAUACGGGGCGAGAGGCAGACCAAGUUUUCAGUUUGAACGUUGACGUCGCUGGAGAAUUGGAAUACCCCACAAAGAUAACUCGCUUUUCAAACAUAUCCCAUCUGUCCAUCCACAUCUCCAAAAACUUUGGUGCGGAGAAUACAAAAAUUUGCUACAUCGGCCUAAGAGGAGAAUGGACAGAGGCUCAACGCCAUGAAGUGGUUAUCUGUAACUACGAAGCUGCAGCAAAUCCAGCUGACCACAAAGUGUCGCAAAACCCAGUGACGCACUUCAUCUCGUAAAGCGUUUUCCCUGUCUGUCUUAAUUUGCUUAACCAUUCAUAUGCCUCUCCAUAAUUGAAUCUUUAUUUUCUCUCUCUCGUUAUACUUGAUGUGUUAGUAUCUGGUGUGGAAUAAAAUGUGUUCUUUAAA